AUGGACGCGUUCUCCGGCUGCAAUCAGAUACUUAUGCAUCCGGAAGACCAGGAGAAAAAAUUCUUCAUGACGUCCAGAGGGAUCUACUGCUACAAGCUUAUGCCCUUGGGCCUAAAGAACGCAGGAUCAACCUAUCAACGACUGGUGAACAUGAUGUUCGCGGACCAAAUCGGGAGAACCAUGGAGGUCUACAUCGAUGACAUGCUGGUCAAGUCCCUGGAGGCAGAAGACCACAUAUCUCACCUACAACAAGCUUUCUCCACCCUCAGGAAAUAUAACAUGAAGCUCAACCCGGCUAAAUGCUCAUUCGGGGUCAGUUCUGGCAAGUUCCUCGGGUACAUCGUAACCCACCGGGGCAUCGAGGCCAACCCGGAGCAAAUAAGGGCCAUUCAUUCAAUCCCUUCCCCGAAGAACGUCAAGGAGGUUCAAAAUCUAACAGGAAGGAUGGCAGCCUUGAGCAGGUUCAUCUCCAGACUCUCGGACAAAUCUCACGCCUUUUUCGGAACUCUCAAGAAUCCGAAGGAUUUUCCGUGGACGGGAGAAUGCGGAUCCGCUUUCCUAGAGCUAAAAUCGUAUCUCACCACUCCUCUCCUGUCCAAGCCACUACUCGGUGAAGUUCUACUGCUAUAUCUAGCGGUCUCCGAACACGCCGUGAGCGCCGUCUUAGUUCGCGAGGAGGGAAACAAGCAGCUUCCAGGCUCAUCCAAUCGUGAAGUCUCCGGACGCCUAGCCAAAUGGGCCAUGGAACUAGGGGAGUACGAUGUAAUAUUUCGACCUGCCACGGCUAUAAAGUCACAUGUCCUAGCAGACUUUGUGGCUGAGUUCUCCUCUGCCUUGCUCCCAGCUUUGGAGCAGGAGGUACGCCUCCGAGACGAAAUUAAGGAAGAUGGAGAAUGGAUCCUACACGUUGAUGGAUCCUGCAACGUCAGAGGAGCUGGAGUGGGGAUAGUGCUUACCUCGCCAACGGGGAACACAGCCUCAAGGGCCGUGAGAUGCAACUUCAAAGCAACCAACAACGAAAGCGAGUAUGAGGCCCUAAUCGAAGGCCUAACUCUCCCCCAUCAAAUGAGGGCAGAGAACGUCCAGGUCUUCGGCGACUCUCAGCUGAUAAUCAACCAGGUACAGGGGGAGUACCAAGCAAAAGACGACAGCAUGAUCCAGAAUCUGGCGGUCGCUCAGCGACUAAUCAAGAAGUUCAAGAGCUGCAAGCUCAGUCAAAUCCCCCGGGAACAGAAUUCACAAACCGAUGCCCUGGCUAAUCUAGGGUCCGCCCAUGAAACGAAUAGCCAGAUUAGUACCCCCUUGCUCGUGCUUCAAUGGCCAGCUACCCUGGAGGAACCCCCGUCAGAGGAGGUCUCUGCCAUCGAAGAAGGUGAAACCUGGAUGACCCCCUUAAUCCGGUACCUGGAGGCUGUCAUCCUCUCGGAAGACCGUAGCAAGGCCAGAAAGAUCAAGAAACAAGCCGCGAGGUACUGUAUCUCCCAGGAGAAGCUGUUCCGGAGAUCUUUCUCUGGCCCGUACCUGAGGUGUGUCACACCCCGAGAGGCCGCUAGAAUCCUUGUAGAACUACAUGAAGGAGAUUGUGGAUCCCACUCUAGCGGCAGAAGCCUGGUGCUCAGAGCCAGAAGGGCUGGUUACUACUGGCCCACGAUGGCCGCCGACAGACAAGCCAAGCACUGCGACCAGUGCCAAUGGCACGCUCCACUCUCCAAGCUUCCCCCGGAGAACCUCAAGUCCGUAAGCUCACCAUGGCCUUUUAGAAAGUGGGGCAUGGAUAUAGUAAGGAAAUUCCCUAUGGCGCCGGGGCAGAAGGUCUUCCUUCUGAUAGUCACUGACUACUUCUCCAAGUGGGUCGAAGUAGAAGCACUCAGCCGCAUAACAGAUCUCCAGAUCCGCAAAUUCCUGUGGACCUACGUAAUCACUCGCUUCGGGGUCCCCCAUGAUAUCGUCACCGACAAUGGACCCCAGUUCACUAGCCACAACUUCAAGGAGUUCUGCAAGGACUGGGGCAUAAAACUAAUUUUCGCCACACCCCGACACCCACAGUCUAACGAACAAGCCGAGUCCACGAACAAAACAGUGGUCAACAUGCUUAAAAAGCGACUGAAGGGCUCUCACAGGAAGUGGGCGAAAGAACUACACGGAGUCCUCUGGGCCUACCGGACCACUCCCAAAACAGCAACAGGGGAAACCCCCUACUCGCUAGUCCAGGGCUCUGAGGCCAUUGUACCUACAGAGAUGCACGUAAGAAUAACGGUCUCCGGAUCUACCUCUCAGGAGGAGAAUAACGAGCUGAUGGCGCUAAGCCUCGACCUGCUCGACGAAAAAAGAGAGGCCGCUCGGCUGAGAAACUGGUCCUACCAGCAAGACGUCGCCAGGACGUACAAGAAGAAAGUCAGAACCAUAACCUUCCAGCAAGGGGACUGGGUUCUACGAUGA